AUGGAUUCGUCUCCUCAUGCUGCUCAGGAGAACGAGACGCUCCUCUCCAGCCGAGCAUCUACCGCACUCAGUGUAGCAGUGGAUGACCACUCGCUGGAUGAGCCACAGACAAGGAACUUGGAUGAUGCCCAUGAGCGUGAGUGCAAUACCGAGUACCCCAUGUUACUAUGUCCGACAUCUUCUGACGAGCUCAAAGCAAAAUUUCACACUCAAAGCCUGCGGACGUCCACAGAUUGGGUGCCAUACACGCUGCGGCGCCCAUACCUGAUCACUCUUAGCCUAGCAUCACUCAUACUCUCGACCGUAUUAGCAACCCUUAGCUGGCACUCUUAUAAAAAUCAUGGACUCGGAGAUGAGGAUGGGUCUACUGGACUACUCAUUGGAUGGAGAUAUACGCCCACUAUCGUCGCCAUUUUCUUCACGCAGGCUGUUGUCCAGGUUGCAGAGGACGUAAAGAGGACUGAAGCAUACGCACGCAUGGCCGACCCCGAAUCUAUCGAAGCCAAGUUCACCCUAUUCUAUCUGCCCAAGGUGUGGUGGAAAAGCAUCUUUAUAGGUUUCUCUCGAAAGCGGAGCGGCGGCCACCGGAGAUGGAAUCUGGCCUUGUCUUCGCUCGCAGCUGGUAUCAGUGUGCUCAGCAUUUCAACCUUCUCGUCGUCAAUAUUCGUUGCAAAAGAAAUCUUGUAUCAGGAGGAUGUGCAGCUUCAACGGUAUGCCGCUGGCCAGACAAUUGGCAAAGGCUUGUCACCCAUCCAGCUUUCACCUCGAAGGGAUACGUAUCUCCGAACUAUAAGUGGGUAUCUCUUCAACGUAUCUACAUCUAUCUGGUCGUCAAAUUCGCAAGUCAUUGUGCCUUUUGGAGCAUCAGAUGGCGACAAGCGCCAUACAACGCUUCCGAACGGUAUAUGGCAAGCAGAUACUGAGGUGUUCCAUCUGAACUACAGUUGCACAUCGAUGGCUCUGGUCGAGAAGGACAUAAUUGAUAUUACCUACAAGUAUACAGACAUCCCGAUAACGUCAUGUCCAAAUGACACAUGUACUGUCUCCUCAAAGGGUUUCAAAAUUCGAUCAGAGGAUGGAUGUGAGGUCCAAAUUCAAGGUCCAAUCGCUCAAUGGGAUGCUCUUGGAGCCGAGUUGACCUCCGAUGGCUUCAUCAGCGAUACCUUUACAGAUGAUGGUGGAUUGCUCUGGACGAACAUGUCUUCCAAUUACGUGUCGUGGGAGACACUCAUUCGAGACUACGGUCAGCCUCCAGCAAUUCGCUCCAUUGGGGAGAAGGUCCUCGAGCAAUGGUCUCGCACGUUCAUUUAUAAUUUCUCCGAUCAAUGCAUUGGGCGCGACCUGCUACUUGUAUCGCCUCAAUGGAUUGUCCGGCCGUCACCUGUCGAUGUGCCCAGGGGUGUAUGGGAGAAAGAUUCAUGGGACAACCUCACGAUACGGGCACAAGUAUGCACUCCGGAAUAUCAUGCAGCUAGUCUACCAGUCUCUGCAGCUAUCGACGGCGCUGAAACUUCCAUGUCCUACGAUGUAUCAGAGUUUGAGCGGCACAGGCAGCCUGUGUCAGAACAAGCCAUCGCUUUCGACUUAUUGGAUGAUCUCACCUUUCGCAGUGACAGUUGGGACAAGGUGAGUUCUGACGGUACGAAGUGCAUGUGA